AUUUGACAAAAGUUGUUUAUAAAAUAAAAAAAGUAAUAAAAUAAAAUUUUAAUGUAAACUUUUAACCGUAAUUUCUCACGUAGUAAAUAUGGAUGCUAAAGAAGAAAUUAAUAAUGAAAAUGACAAUGAAACCAGUGAAACCCAUUUAGGAUACUUUACAAGAUCUAAGAGAAGAAAACUCGAAAACGGUAGGGAAAAUUAUAUAAAAGCGUCAACCAGCACUAUAUUGAAACGAAAAAUCUCCAUAUUAUGCCUUCCUAAUGAGGUAAUAACGAUCAUUCUAUCAUAUUUGGCUGGGAAUGAGUUGAGUAAAAGUAUCCGUUUAGUCAGUCGAAGAUUUAAAGAAAUAUCUGGAAAUAUGUUAAAUAAUUCAUUUAAAAAAAUUGGCAAGACAAUAAAUACUUUAAUAUCAAAUACAGAAUUAUCGUUACGAUGCAUCAACGAAGAUGUAGAACUUAGAUGUGUCUUAAAACUUUUAAAUAUGUUGGAAAUUUUAAAACAAUCGUAUGAUAUAGUUAUAGCUACUGUGUGGAGGUACGUUUACAAUGAGUAUUAUGUAACCACGAAGACUUGCCUAUUUGCAGGAAAGUUGAUAGAUGUUUAUUUUAGUUUUAUAUAUAAAUUUUUAAAGCAUCCGAAUUUGCUUUAUGGUUCAGCGAUAAUAGACGAUUACAAUCUUCCCUCUGAGGUAACAAAAAUAGUGGAAAUGACAAAAAAGUUUUGUGUUCAUUUUGAUAAGGUAAUAGAAGAACCAAUAUCUAAUUUUCCACCUCAAUCUGGUUGUAAAUUAAUAGACAUAUUCAAUUGCUCACAAUUUUCAAACAGCAACGUACUUGCCGAAAAAGUUGUUGGUAAAGACAGCUUCGUGGGAGAAUAUUGCUACUUUUUCCAAAAUUCGUGGUUUGUAGCUAUUCCCAUAAGUUCUUCGAAACAGUCAGAUUGGUUUCACCGGAGACGUAUGAUGCAUAUGCGUAUUAGAAGGAUUGUGUUAGCUCACAACGAAUUGUUUCUGCAACAGAGUCAAUAUGAGCGGGAUCUCUUACUUAGAGCAGAUCCAACGUUAUACAGAACGAGAGCUCCUGAAAAUAGCGUUUAUACCGGUUUUGGAGAUAUUGGAAAUAACUUUUUUUAUUAUGGAGUUAUGAACAAUGGUGCUUUUAGGCAAAAAUUUGCCGAACAACUAGAAGAGGAAGGACUUUAUGGAGUGUAUCCGGUUGAUGUAGAUGAGGUUCCCAACCAAGAAGAUGUGGUGGCUGAAAGUAACUCGGAAAGUAACAUUUUAUAUAGAAUACCCUAUUUAGGAUUUCAUGCACAUAUCAGGGUUAAAUGCCCUUUGUCUUUUGCACCAUUACGCUUUUUAAGUACUUUAGAUGGGUCACUUGUACAGCGGUUGAAGCACAAUACAGAAGAUAAAGAUACAGAAGGUUCGGUGGAUAUAAAAGUCUCAUUUAAUUGCAUGUCUGCUGCUUACCCAUGUUUACCUACUAACUAUGAGUACCAUGAGAAUAAUUAAAAAAAUAUUUAUAUUUUAUUUCUUUUA